CAGACUCCAGGCCAGACAGCUUGGCGCGUCUGUCUGCCCAAAAAAUCUCCCAGACAGCUUGGCACCGCGCUUUUCUUCGCAUUUCGCACACAACAACAAUUCCCCAACUGCAAUUUUUAGCGCGAAAAAUGUUCAACUCUCUGUUUGCUAAGAAUAUGGACUGCGAGGACAAGAUGCUGGAGGAUAAUCUCAUGGAGAUGGGCACAAAGCUGUGCUCCUUGCUGGAAUCCAAUGAGAAUCCGCCGGGGCCGCAGCCCCGCGCUGGAACUCCCUCGGGGAGCACCUCUCACAUGGUGCUGGCCGAGCUGCAGGCCAAUUUCAAAGACUUGAACUUGGAGAAUGCUCCUCGCUUUGAGUUCCACGGCUACGGGUGCCAGGCCUUGACGAAGAGAACCCGCGACAACGAGGAGCCAAUUAUGAGUGGGCGCCAUCAAAAGAAGUCAAAGUCGGGAGCUUCUGCCACGUCUGGGCAGAGGCAGCACCAGCUACAAAUGGAGAAUCUAUACAACAGGACCCAACUGACUCCGAUGCUGCGUUCCAUUGGCCUACGUGGUGAUUGCGUGGAGCGCAAUACCGUUGUGCGUUUGAUGAAUCUGUUCAAGUCGCUGCACGAGCACAUGAACCAGGAGCUGGGCUUUGGGCCGGAACACUCCUUCCCAUCGGACUAUCUGUUUGAUCUGCCCAAGAAGCGCACCAUGCCCUGGAGCCUGAAUCUGCGCUAUCAGGUGGAGGUGCUGUGCACCAAGGCGGAACGUUUUCUGGCCAACCAGCGCCGCAUGCUCGAAGCUAAUCGCAACUUGGACUACGGGAAGUACACGGAGUGCGACAAACUCCUCAAGGGAUCGUUGAAUUUCCUAAAGUCCUUUAAGCAGUUCUCCCACUCCACGUUGCGCCAUCGAAAUGGCAACUUUUUGGGCGCUGUAGCCAAGUCUAAUGCCCUGAAACUGGAGGACUUGCUCACGAAUCUGCGCGAGUGGCUGCGCGCCGCCUUUCUCUGUGUGUAUGUGUUCAACUGGGAAAUGGACCAUGAGCAUCGCUAUUCGGCCGCCAUGACCCAGGACCACAAUGCACUCAUGGACAGAGCCAGGCAGUUGGCUGCCACCGAGCUGAAGGCCGCUGAACCCAAGAAGCUCAGCCCGGAGGAAAAGCUAAUCGCGCACCGUUAUAAGCUGCAGAAUGUCAUCGAAUGUGCCGCUGAGAACGACGACUUCCUGUCUGCACUCCUCAACACUCCCGACAUUUACUUUCCGCCCGAAGUUCGGGCCAUAUGUGCGCCACAAGAGCGCACUGCUGACCAUGUGGAUGAAGCAGCAGCUGAAGCGCCUGAAGUACGCAUGGGAGGCAUCGAUUUGCUGGACAUAAGCGAUUUGCUGGAGCCCUCAUCGCCACCAAAGCGUGCCACUGGAACGCGUCGCUUCAAGCCCUUGUGCUUCCGCAGCUAAAGGAAGAGGAAAGGAAAAAGAGAAGAAAUAUCAAAAGUAUAACGAAAACGAUAAUCAAAAGUAAGAGGAAGAGACAGCAACGAUGAUCGAAUUUGGAUUGCAGCUGCAUUUACAUAUCCAAUAUUGAAAAUAAUUAUAAGCGUACAGUUUUUGAUUUGUUUGUAGUUUUGUAAGCAGCAACAACAGAAACGUUCUAUUGAUUGUAUUUAGUAAGUUGAAUGUAUUUGUAUUUGGAUUAAGUUGAAACGUUUUGUCGUCCAAGGAACUUUUAUAUUUUGAAUUUGAAAUUCAAUUAAAUAUUUGCACAUGUAAG